AUGCUAACGGGUAUGCUGUCCGAGCAGCUAUACGAGCAUGUAAAUGCUAAUGAUAUGUUACCAUCAGAACAGAAGAACUGUCAGUAUGACGAAAUGGAAAGUACAGAUGAAGAUGAAGUAUUAGGGGAUGUCAACAUCAAACGUGGAAUAUCCCAAGGAGACAGCCUUUCGCCACUCCUAUUUGUUGUCUGUCUCAUACCAAUGUCGCUGAUCUUGAGAAAGAUGAAACCUGGAUAUAGUUUGGGAAAGAACCAGCCAAAAUUAAAUCACCUUCUAUAUAUGGAUGACUUAAAGUUAUUCGGACUGAGUGAAAGAGACAUAGAAUCACUUGUAAAUACAGUUCAUAGAUUUAGUUGUGACAUUGGCAUGCAAUUCGGUAUAGAAAAAUGGGGUGUAAUUGAACUACCAGAUGGAGAGAAGAUGAAAGGCGUCAACGAAAAAGCAAAGAAUAUUUGGGCAGUAGCUGUGAUGAGAUAUGGGGCUGGGAUAGUGAAGUGGACGAAAGAGGAAUUGAAGAAACUAGACAGACAGACACGGGAAAUUUUGACAAUGAAUGGAGCAUUGUAUCCAAAAAGUGACGUCGAUCGAUUGUAUGUUGCAAGACAGAGAGGUGGAAGGGGAUUACAAAGUGUAUUAGAAACGAUCCAGUCAGAGGAAAAUAGCCUUAGAUGGCUUAUCCGGUUUCAAAAUCUAGUGGCCUCUUGA